UUCUCUGUGCAACUGACUGUCCCUACCAGAAUUAAAUCUCUCUCUCUCUCUCCAAAAGAACGAGUUUAUAAUUCGACACAAACGAGCUCUGUCUCUAAUGGCAUGCUUAGAAAUGUACAACUUCAAUGGUGGUGGUGACAUGAGUCCUAGAAUCUCUUUCUCUAAUGAUUUUGUUGAGACUAGGCCUGAGACAACGAAGACGCCAAGAUCAAGCCCUCUCUCCAAACCAGAGGGCUCUUCCUCAGCUGCUGAUAACUUCGAGUUUUCUGUCUCCGACUACACAAUGAUGCCUGCUGAUGAACUUUUCUCUAAAGGAAAGCUUUUGCCUUUCAAGGAGACUAACCAAGUCCAGAGAACAUUAAGAGAAGAGCUCCUCGUUGAAGAUGAAGAAGAAAGUUCUCGUGAUGCUACCAACAUCUUCUCUGUCAAGCCACCCAUCUUCUCAUCUUCCUCUAAGGGAAGAUGGAAAGGGCUUUUGGGCCUUAAGAGGACCCAUGUUUGGUCUAAGAACAAUGAAGAUCCAUUUGUCCAUAUGAUCAAUAACAAACAGUCUCAGGAAGCAAUGGGUGGACGAGAAGGCUCAAGUUGCAGGAACAUGAAGAAGAGUAUGUAGAGCUUUAAAAACAAGCUUUUGAUUUGUUUUUAUUUAGCUAGGAACAUGGUUGCUUCCAGAUUUUAAUUUUAUUUUAUAUUUUAUGUUAAACUUAGAUCUGAAAUGUUGUGUUGUUUUAAGAAAAAUUAGGCACUUAUGUGUUGUUGAAGGGGACGGUUUAUUUCAUUACCUCUUUUCCACCACUCAUGUUUCAUCGAUCUUGUGAAGGGAUGUAAUUUUAUUUGGGUGUACAAAAGAAAAAGUAAAAAAAAAAGAGUGAGUAG